UGCUCGGCGGCGGCGGUUGGAGUGACCGGGAUCCCCGCGGCGGCGGCGGCGGAGGGGCGAGUGUCCGGGACGAUGACUCAGCAGGGAGCGGCGCUGCAGAACUACAACAACGAGCUGGUCAAGUGCAUCGAGGAGUUGUCCCAGAAGCGCGAGGAGCUGUGCCGCCAGAUCCAGCAGGAAGAGGACGAGAAGCAGCGGCUGCAGAACGAGGUGAGGCAGCUGACGGAGAAGCUGGCCCGGGUCAAUGAGAACCUGGCUCGAAAGAUCGCCUCUCGAAACGAGUUUGACCGGACCAUCGCGGAGACGGAAGCUGCCUACCUCAAGAUCCUGGAGAGCUCCCAGACUCUGCUUAGUGUCCUGAAGAGAGAAGCUGGGAACCUGACCAAGGCCACGGCUUCGGAGCAGAAGGCCAGUGGGGGCAAGGACAGUUGACGAGGCCAUGGGUGGGCCAGGCUACUUGGCCCCCAGAAAACCUGUUAAUAAAGCGUCUUUGUUCUGUACGGCAGCAGCCACCUUCUUUUCCUGUCUUUGGUAUCAAGGCAGCUGCAGCCUUUGUUAGCUCUGGAUGAGAAGAGUAGCCUACCAGGCAGGGAUCUGGCUCCGUGGUGCUCCCAGCAGGCAGCAAUUGGGGAGGGCACUCCAAAACCUCCACACCUCCCUGUGCUGCUGGUUCUAGUCUCAACCCCCAGGACUUCUGCCUCCCUUGUCCCUCCUUGGCCAGCAGGGGCCCAGGCAAGUGAGGUAGUGGUUGGGCCCUCUUCUGCCUCAGAACUGAGACCUCAGAGCUUGUUCCUAGUGCCCCGUGACUGUGUGAAUAAAGGCUUUCUUUGUAAAGAA